ACUGUAGUAGGACUUGGGACAUGAAGUUGCUGAGACUUCUUUCAUUUACCUAGACGUUCUCCCACCACUAGCCUCAUCCAAAUAAUAUUUAUAUAAUAUGGUAGCACUUGCUGUUCGUAACUUGGGUACAUACAUAGGUUAGGUGGUUGACGUCAGCCCGCGAUAAGAUAAGCCAAUCCUGAAAUUUUCGAGCCCGUGACUCCGACACUGGCCGUCAAGGCCCUCUCUCCCUGCAUAAAAUGUGAAAAUCCCUCCCGUUCCGCCAGCCCGCCGCACCAACUCUGCGGCAACCAGCAUCAGGCACCCGAGCUUCGAAAUGGUUCAAUUCGAAAAUGCGGGCUCGGAAAGCACCUCCAGCGGCGCCUCGGCCGAGGGCGACUCCAAACGGAGACGCUCGGGCCCGGACGGCAAGGAGCGCAAGAAGAAGCGCAAGUCCGGCGGCAGCGACAAGCGGAACGGCACCCUCCCGAAGCGCCGGCGGCCCAGCAUGAGCAAGCCUGCGCGGGACCUGCGUGACGAGCCCCCGCCCACGCCGGGCGCGGCGACCCCCGAGGAGGAAGGCGGGGGGGGGAAGAAGGCCGGCGGCGGCGGCGGCGGCAAGGUGACGCGGUCGCCGAGCCCCGUCGUCGACUUUGACGGCCUGAGCAGGCCGAGCGCGGGCACGCGCGAGCGGCUCGACGAGACGCCCGAGCAGGCGGCGGUGCGGCUGCAGCGGAUGAGCGGGGCGGUCCGGACGAUUCUCGAGUGCGUCGGCGAGGACCCGGACCGCGAGGGCCUCCUCGCGACACCCGAGCGGUACGCAAAGGCCAUGCUGUUCUUCACCAAGGGGUACCAGCAGAACGUGCGCGAUAUCGUCAACGGGGCCAUCUUCCACGAGGGCCAUAACGAGAUGGUGAUCGUGAAGGACAUUGACAUAUUCAGCCUGUGUGAACACCACUUGGUCCCCUUCAAUGGCAAGAUGCACAUCGGCUAUAUCCCCGCCAAUGCCGUAAUCGGGAUCUCGAAACUGCCCCGCAUCGCCGAGAUGUUCAGCCGAAGACUGCAGAUCCAGGAGCGGCUCACCAGGGAGGUCGCUAACGCCAUCAUGGAGGUCCUCAAGCCGCAGGGCGUGGCCGUCGUCAUGGAGUCGAGCCACCUCUGCAUGGUCAUGAGGGGCGUUGAGAAGACGAGCAGCACAACCAUCACGAGCUGCGUGCUCGGCUGUUUCGAACGCAAGGAGAAGACGAGGAAUGAGUUUCUCAGCCUCGUCGGCGUCAACCGCCGAUGAGGGAGGCAGCGACAGCGCCUGGCUGAUUAUUGCUUGGUUGCUUACUUUUCUUUUUACUUAUUGAUGGGCCGAUCCGGAUUGGGGGCAAGACGAGGGAUCUAGAGCCGAGAAGCAUCAUGCUUACAUAUGAUCCGGUCUGCAUCAUUCGGCGUCGAAUCUGGCAUCUGGGUCAUGGACUUCAACAUCUGGCG